GGGCGGGUCUCCGCCCGGGGCUUCUGAGCGGGGCUGACCGCGGCGGAAUGAAUCGAUCCGACGAGCCCCGUGCCUUCUGGGCUUUCACUCGGCUUAUGCUAUUGGGAAUCGAAGGAGAGCUCGGUACAUGUGACAGCGCUGCAGUUAUGAGUGGAAUUUUAAGGGGGAAGUGUGAAGAAAUUGACAGCUCCUCGCCCUGUUCCUCUGUGCAGGAAUCAGAUGAUGAAGUUUUUCGCUGUGACAGUGCUGACAGUGUUGAUAGUGUCAAUCCAUCCACUUCUAAUCAUUUCACCGGAAAAAAUAAGGAGAUACCAACAGACUAAAAAGAUGUUUUCAGAGGCAUAGAAUCUUCAGGAAGAUACUGGAGUACAUGAGAUCUCAAGGUACAUGUGACAGCGCUGCAGCUAUGAGUGGAAUUUUAAAGAGGAAGUUUGAAGAAGUUGACGGCUCCUCGCCCUGCUCCUCCGUGCGGGAAUCAGAUGAUGAAGUUUCCAGCAGCGAAAGUGCUGACAGUGGGGACAGUGUCAAUCCAUCCACCUCUAAUCAUUUUCCCCCCUCGUCCAUCCUCAAGCGGGAGAAGCGGCUGCGGACGAAGAAUGUGCAUUUCAGCUGUGUCACCGUGUACUACUUCACCAGGAGGCAGGGCUUCACGAGCGUGCCCAGCCAGGGCGGCAGCACGCUGGGCAUGUCCAGCCGCCACAACAGCGUGCGCCAGUACACCCUGGGCGAGUUCGCCAGGGAGCAGGAGCGGCUGCACCGCGAGAUGCUCAGGGAGCACCUCCGGGAGGAGAAGCUGAACUCCCUGAAGCUGAAGAUGACUAAGAACGGCACAGUGGAGUCUGAAGAAGCCAGCACCCUUACAGUGGAUGACAUUUCUGAUGAUGAUAUUGAUUUGGACAACACAGAGGUAGAUGAGUACUUCUUCCUACAACCCCUGCCAACAAAAAAACGGAGAGCACUGCUGCGGGCGUCCGGAGUGAAAAAAAUUGAUGUGGAAGAAAAGCAUGAGCUGCGAGCCAUCCGCCUGUCACGAGAGGACUGUGGCUGUGACUGCCGUGUGUUCUGUGAUCCGGAAACAUGUACCUGCAGCCUGGCAGGCAUUAAGUGUCAGGUGGACCGAAUGUCCUUCCCGUGCGGCUGCUCUAAAGAAGGCUGCAGCAACACGGCAGGCAGAAUCGAGUUCAACCCCAUCCGUGUCCGGACUCACUUUCUGCACACGAUCAUGAAGCUCGAGCUGGAGAAGAACCGGGAGCAGCAGGUCCCCACGCUGAACGGCUGCCACGGCGAGCUGGGCGCUCCCAGCAGCUCCGUGGGCCCCGUGGCCCACUCGGUGGAAUAUUCUCUCGCAGACAAUUUCGAGAUCGAAGGUGACCCCCAGGCUGCGGUGCUGCACCUGCCGUCGGCCGAGGAGCUGGACUGCCCGGGCGAGGAGGAGGAGGAGGAGGAAGAGGAGGAGGACGGCAGCAGCUUCUGCAGCGGGGCCACCGACUCCAGCACGCAGAGCCUGGCGCCCAGCGAGUCCGAGGAGGAGGAGGAGGAGGAGGAGGAGGAGGAAGAUGAUGGGAAAGGGGAUGGCUUCGGGGACGGCCUGGGCCCCCACGCCGAGGUGGUCCCCCUUCCCUCCGUGCUCUGCUAUUCCGACGGCACCGCUGUUCACGACGGCCACGCGAAGAACGCCCCCUUCUAUGCCAGCUCGUCCACCCUCUAUUACCAGAUAGACAGCCACAUCCCCGGGGCUCCCAGCCCCCUCGCCGAGAGCUAUGCCGAAAGAGACGCUGUCAAGAACGGUCCCCUGUCGCUGGUGCCUUACACCAUGACCCCCGAGCAGUUCGUGGACUACGCCCGGCAGGCAGAAGAGGCCUACGGCGCGGCCCACUACCCGGCGGCCAACCCGUCCGUCAUCGUCUGCUGCUCCUCUUCGGAAGGUGACGGCGGCGUGCCCUGCGCUGGCCUAUAUCCCGAGCACAGGCCCAGCCAUCCCCCGAUGGAAUUUCACUCGUACUUGAAAGGCCCCUCCCAGGAUGGGUUUGUCCCUGCGUUGAACGGCGACGGUCACAUCCCAGAGCGUUCUGCUGAAAACCCUCUGAGCCUGGCGGAAAAGAGCCGACUGCAUGAAGAGUGCAUCAAGUCGCCCGUGGUUGAGACCGUCCCCGUCUAGGAGCUGAAGUUAUUCCAGGACCAGCUCUUCUAUUUAAAGCACUGUAUUUAAUUGGAUUUCCCCGGGCUCCCGGCUGUUUAAACUGAGGACCAAGAAAACUUGGACUGUGGUGAAUCUCCCAGACUGUAUUUUGUUUCCUCCUUUCUAGCUAUGUGUCUGUGGCAUUGCACAAAUACAGUCUCUAUGAGGAUUUUAAAAAGAUGUCAGACUGUUUUGAUAGAAAAUGCUAAUUUUUAAAAAGCAUAUCUCACAAUUGCCUACCUGUCAAACUGUGUGAAACCUGCCAAGUUGUGUAGACCAGAGCUCCAAGUUUUGGAUUAUCGGGCCUGUGCAAAAUUGUUAACUAAGACUGGGAAAUAAUAAGAUUUAGAGUCCUACUUUUCGAUAUUAUCUGAAGAUGAUGGUGACUUUUUAAUGUAAAAGUAAUUAUUGUAAGAAAAAGAUUUAAUCGUUCCAUGUGUAUUUUAUUUAUGGUAGUUAGAAGUCACGUUUUGAUGAAAAUGAACAGCAGCAUGUUCUUUUAAGCUGACGAUGCAUAGUUAGGACCACCAAGCAUGCCCACAUGGAUUGCAUCUGGAAUCCAUUCACAUUUUUACUAUCAUAACUGAUCAAAUUUGCAAAUACUUUCUUAAGGGUGAAAUAGGCCUAUUUUUGCUAUUUUGGACAAAUAAAUGAGUCUAUAUGUGCAGGUCCUUACACAGUUUUCUCUGAAGUUAAGAGUUAGGACAAUCCUUUGGUGAGGGUCUACUUCAUUGCCCUCCCUCAGUUGACUCCAGAGAUGGAGGUAGAAGGAAUUGCCUUUCUUUUUUAAACAGCAUCAUCUUGGUUCUUAGCUUGGACAGCACCUUUAAACUCUACUCCCCUACAUCAAAAUGCACUUUAGUGCCCCUUCAUGGUAACUUGUGAGGGGUGGGGACUGAGAACUCUUUGAGAUUAAAAAAAAAAA